AUGUCGUCGUACCACUCGGUGACUUUGAUCGGUCCGCACUCCCGGGACGAGUCUGGAUACCAUCCCAAACUUGCUCAAGCAGUGGAACCCAGGGAGCUGCAGCGGACCUUGGUCGCUCAAAUUGAGACUAGGAAAGAUGUCGUGGUCAUAGCCCCCCCAGGCCAAGGGGUUACGAGUGGCUGUAUCCUCGGAAUAUUGAACGCUGUCCUUGUUCACAUCAGCAAUCAGGACAAGCCAAACGCAGUGGUCUUGGUCUCCACGAGAGAACUUGCGAUUCAGUGUUACGCAUUUAUCCACUCUCUCGCAACGGACACUGGCCUUAAUGCACAACCUCUCAUAGCCCAGUCCCCUUACCCGGAAACAGAGCGCCCGUCGACCGAUUUCAAUGUCGUCGUGGGUACGCCAGGAAGGGUUCUUGGUGGGGUCCAAAGGGGGCAGCUUCCCCUCGCCAACAUCCAAUACUUUCUCCUUGACGAAGCCCAUAACAUCGCCAACUAUACAGGAGCGAGCCAUCACACCUUCCGAAUCCUCCAGUCCCUACCACGAUCCCUGCCUGCCCGGAUUGUGACUUCCACGUGUGCGUUGACCCGGUUGAUGCAGCGCAUGACUCUUCGAAGUCGAGAUCCAGACAAAAACAUUCAUGUCUGGGCGCUCGAGAACAAGGACGUCUCCAUCAUCAAGGUUGUCAUGAACGUCAACGAAACUCGCCUUGAUGCUCUUUUCCGCUACAUAGGCACUGUUCCUUCGGGCAAGAAAAUUGUGAUUGUUGCUAAGACCUUUCUUCUAGCAGACAACAUCAAUGCAUUUCUUAGUUUGCGACUUCGGGGUCGGUCCAUCUUGAAGAUGAACCAGAAGGAAGGCACGGACUCCCGAGAGAGCACCAUGAAUGCAUUCUACACCCAAACGGCCGACAUCGUUAUUACCUGUCGCCUGAUCCUCGCCGGGAUCUUCAUUGACAUUGAUCCACUUGUGGUAUUUUUUGAGCUCCCCCGUGACUGGAGCACCUACAUCGCCGGCAGAAAACGCCCUGAUUCCUGCCAUGGCGAAAUGGCAAUGAUCCACAACCCAAGAGACCCAGAAGAUCAGGCCAGGCUGAAUCAGAUUGAACAGGACAUAGCGAAAUUUUCCAAGUUCGACAAGUCUGUGCUUGACAAUCGUACAUCGCCGGAGCGCAGCAGCAUCAACUCCAUGCAUCCUCCUACCAGAAAGCUCAUUCUUAGAUGGGCGGUGCCAGCGGUCAGCGCGAAACGCAUCAUGGCAGACCUGGCGGCUUAUCAGCCCGUACAGGCAACCGUCAGCCCUCGGGCUAAGACAUCCGAUCCACCAACCUGUACGGCCUUUGUGCACUUUCAGACUAUCCCUCGGGCCACUCGCUGCCUCGAUGAGUGUGACGGAACCAUGAUCUGCGGACAUUUGGUCCAAAUGGGAUAUGCGGCUGAGAAAGCUGAUGGACGUGAUUACCUGAACGAAGGAAGAGGUCGUGAAUACGGAAGAGGUCGCGGAGAUGGAAGAAGAGGUCAUGGAUACGGAAGAGGAGGUCGCGGAGAUGGAAGAAGAGGUCGUGGAUACAGAGGAAGAGGUCGUUGA